AUGGAUAUCCUAGCAGACGAGAGCGGAGCGUUUGAGGAUCUCCAUCUAAGCGGGUCCCAAUUUAAGCUUGAUACGAUGCCGCCUCUGAUUAGCAGUCCGAAACAGCCUUAUGAGGAUGUGAACAUCAUACUCAAUAAUGGGCAGGGAUUCCCAAUGGAGAACAUACCCAAUGGCAGACACGCACCGUUUCUCGACAGACAAAAUGCGCAAAUCGCACAAGAAUUCACGCUCGCGGACGAAAACACAGCUGACUGCGUCCGGAAGCUGACCGACCUAGGCCUUGCACAGUACAAUCAACUUCGACAGCUCAAACGGAUGCGGAGCUGUACUAACAGGGAUAAACAGGGGCUACUUACGCUAUUACACAACUAUCCAAUCCAGGAGAUUAUGGAGACAGCUCGACAGCUCACAGAACUAGUUGACCAAUUCAUUCAGGUACCGGUGAUUGGGGGUGACUUGUUCAGCUCUUCCCCGGACUCAGCUGGUGAACCGGUUCCGGACUUGCGAUCGCCGUUCUUCGGUGAUCCUUUGGAAAUAACUGACUUUUCGGACUUGCUGUCACAGCCAUUCAUAGAUGUUUCAGCUACACCAAAAAGUACAGGCUCUAAUAGCAGCAACAGUCAGCUAUCGUCUUCGAUCUCGGCCGGCAGUGGCAUUCAAAUGGACACCUCGACAACACUACAUACCAUCUCAUGCUACCUACGCCUAGCCCGGCUGUUUGUCCUCUUUUUCACGGAUCUUCACGAUUUCCUUUUAUUCCCAAGCUUGGCGGAUCCAAUGCUCGACGACAAAUCGCGUUUGUUUCCUGGGCUUAAGCUUGGCUCCUUUCAGCCUUAUGUUGGGAUGGAACUAGAGAUUUCAAUUGUGGUUCAGGUUAGCGAGCACAUACUGAAUCGUUUAUGCAACUCGCUAGGAUUGCCUCAGGGACAGGACACUGGUCAGGGUCGACUAAGAUCUGAAAUGAUCACUCCAGCUAUGUUGCAGGCAGUUCAGGUGCAGGAGAGACUCGAUGCUCAAGAUGAAAAGGGGGACACGUUUACCCAGCUGCCACUGGUGAUAAACAGUGUGAAGAAGAUGAUCAAAGUGCGGCCAUUUCUAUAG